CAUUUUUGUCAGAUGAUUGUCAGUUUGUUGUCAAACGUUUUAAAAAGUGUUUUCUCUGUUUUUCAAUUUGCUAAUAGGGACAGAAAACAUUCAACGUUUUAAAUAUGGAAUCUUAUGAAAGUGUAAUAUUAGUUAAGCCAGAAGUUUUCGUUUUCAACAUACCGCCAAGAGCGUCAAAUAGAAGUUAUAGAGCUGCCGAUUGGAACCUUGCUGAACCUUCAUGGACUGGUAGAAUGCGAUUAGUUUCUCAAGGAGACCAAUGCUCCAUAAAACUUGAAGACAAAAACAGUGGAGAAUUAUUUGCAAAGUGUCCAAUUGAGAAUUAUCCUGGCGUUGCAAUUGAAGCUGUGUCAGACUCUUCAAGAUAUUUUGUCUUGAGAAUUCAAGAUGACAAUGGGAGAACAGCCUUCAUUGGCAUUGGGUUUGGAGAUAGAUCAGAUUCUUUCGACUUGAAUGUUGCCUUACAGGAUCAUUUCAAAUGGCUUAAGAAGGAAAAACAAAUCAGUGAAGAACCUAGUGGUCCAUCAUUAGAUUUAGGUUUCAAAGAGGGAGAAACAAUCAAAAUUAAUAUGAAAAUCAGUAAAAAAGAUGGUAGUGAGGGUUCGUCAAGAACCAAACAAAGACAAGCAGGUGGAGCUUCAGGUUUCUUGCCUCCACCACCAGGAGGUAGUACCAGUACCAAUAGAUUACCUGCACCACCAGGUAGUUCACCAGCUGGAUCACCAGCACAUGCUGCUAAAACUCCUAUUGGAAGUAAUGAUUGGGGUGACUUCGCCUCAGCUCAAGCCAAUACAACUUCUGCGAAUCAACCUUCUCCUUCAAACAGCAACUGGGUACAGUUUUAAAUAUAGGUUAUGUGCAAUUUUUGAAAUUCCAAGUGUGUAUGUAAUCGAUAGCAAUAGGAAAAAACUUAUAUCAUGAAGAAGCUAGUUCUUCAAUUCUGACAUUUUUGAUCAUUAUUAGGAAUAUUGGAUGUGGAUAAUUGUUCAAAUAAUUUACUUAAUUCAUACAGAAAUAUACAUAAUGGAAUUUGUAUUGUACAUUGAGGGACCUGUAAUAUAUCAAUGUAUUUAUUGUAUAUUGUUGAGGGUUAGAAAGUAGGAUACAGUGUGAUUGAGCUUUCAAUUUAAGAAGAUAAAACAGUGUUCUUAUUGUUGUAGCUAGGUUUCAAAUUUUGACUAAGAUCACAUUCAUCAUCUGUUGUCACAUUUAAUUUAACUAAGUUAAUAUUGAACCUAUUUUCUCUACUAUACAUAUUUCUAUAUUUGUUAUCCUUGAAAAUGUUAAUUUUAUUUUGAAUUAAUGAAUUAUAUGUAAAUAAUCAUU